CAGUGGUGACGGUACAGGUGACAGUCGACGCGCCGAGAGGCCGCCACGGCUAGACUGGCAAAACAUUGCACGCUGCGUAGCGACAUGUGCUAGUGGCGAAAGACGUAAUCUUUUUUGGGGCGUUUACUUGAUCAAACUCAGCACUUUUUUUUUUCAGUGCUAGAGGUUGUUGCUGGUUCCUCCCUGGGGAGUGCACCAGAGAAGUUGUCGCCAAGCUACUCUUAACUGCGUUCUGUCUGACCUUCAGAGCUGCUUCCAGACAUGUAAUCAUCAUCAUCAUCAGCAGCAGCAGCAGAGCGUAGUCCUGUCGGGAAAAAAAAACAUUUUUCCUCUCAAACAAGCUUCCACCACCUCUCGGACUGGACUGUGGUGCAUUGACUUCGUCUCGCCCUCCCCUGCCCCCUCGACCUCCAGCAAUGGCCUCACGCAUUGGUCUGCGUAUGCAGCUGAUGCGAGACCAGCUGCAGCAAGAGGAGCAGCGCGAGCGGCAACAGCAGCAAAAUGCAGCCCUGCAAUACAUGCAGCACCGCAUGGCCGGGCCACCUGCCCCCACUGCGGCCAUUAGCACACCCCAGAACUACCAAAGCAUGCAGGUGCCCGUGGAGGUUCUUAAGGUACAGACCCACCUUGAGAACCCGACAGACUACCACAUCCGUCAGUCUCGGAGGCAGCAGGUGAAAGAGUACCUCUCCACCACCUUUGCCACCAAACAGAUGGUUCACGCCGUAGCGGGGCCAAUGCCGCCAUCUCCCCCCGCGGCCAUCGGGCCCACAGGGGGUUCGGCGUCCCUCCCCCCACCCCUCCACUCUCCCCACAGGCGCACUGAGCAGCUCAUGACUGGCAGUAGCGCACCCAACAGCCCAAUGGCCAUGCUCAACAUCGGCUCCAACCAUGAGCAAGAGAUGGAUGAGGUCAUUGAUGACAUCAUCAGCAUGCAGUCCAGUUACGAUGAUGUUCAAGCCUACAUUGACCCCGUCCAGAUGCCCAACACACUCCCUCUGUCCAGCAGCCACCUGGAUGUGUACACAGGUCCGGGGAUGAAGGGGCCAGCCAUCGCGAUGACCAGCAACUCCUGUCCUGCCAACUUGACCAUCAAACGGGAAAUUUCAGAAGCCCGUGCCCUGGCCAAAGAGAGACAAAAGAAAGACAACCACAAUCUCAUUGAAAGAAGACGGAGGUUCAACAUCAAUGAUCGUAUUAAAGAGCUUGGCACAAUGAUUCCCAAAACCAAUGAUCUUGACGUUCGCUGGAACAAGGGCACCAUCCUGAGAGCAUCUGUGGAUUACAUCAAACGUAUGCAGAAGGAUGUUCAGAGGACCAGAGAGGUGGAGACUAACUUUAGAAGGAUGGAAAUGGCCAACAAACAGUUGAUGCUUCGAAUUCAGGAAUUGGAGAUGCAAGCUCAUCUGCAUGGCCUACCCAGCAACUCUCCAUCUGCCCUCAACCCAGUAGACGUGAUGGCCCCAUAUAUAAAACAAGAGACCAGCCCAGAGGAGAACCUUUCCCACACCCAGACACAAGCUCCCCACCACCACCACCACCUAACCCAGAGUCAGGCUCCGCCCCAGCCCCAGCAGCAUCACUUCCUCCCGCACACCCACCUGCACCCUCCAAGUCAGGCUCAGCCGCAGCCUCAGCAACCCAGGCAGCUGAGCGUGCUUCCGCAGCACCUCCAGCCCCAGCCGCCCAUCCAGUACCCGGCCGUAGGCAGCUCCCAGCCCUUUGACUUUGCCCAGUCGCUGGACUUGUGCGACGGCAUGCAGGCAUUCUCAGACGGCAUUUCGGCGCUGGGCGAUCUGGGAGGACUGGAUAUGCAAAGCCGCAGAAGCGAUAUGGGUUUCCUCAUGAUGGAUGAGCCGUUGUCCCCCAUCGGCGGCGACCCUUUGCUCUCAACGAUGUCCCCAGAGGCCUCUGUCGACUCCAGUCGCAGAUCUAGCUUCAGCAUAGAGGAUGGAGACAUACUGUAGGCCUAUGCCCGCACGCACGCGUACACACUCCUGCUCGCACACACUUUUGGAGGAAAAAAAAAAUUGUUAGUACCACUAUGAACCGCAUAAAAAGUAUCCCACGAUGCAUCCAACAAAUGUCAAAACUGAUAGCUUGCACUGAUCUCACACACGCAACACUUCACAACAACAGAAAAACGGAAGGAGACACGAACUGAGGAUCUUGGAACUUUCAAAGGACAUUUUCAAGAGGUAAACCAACACUGAGGUCAGAGAGUUCGACCGUAUGUCGUUUUCAUGAUGGUGGUGGUCAUUUUUUAUUCACAGGAUGAAAACCUUGUACAUUGCCCAAUUUGCCGCAUCACUAUAAAUGAUUACACAAUACUGAAUCAUAUACAGAAGGAACAGCUUCAUGGUGUGCAUAAUUUACAGGUAGCCUGCAGUGAUGACGGUCUCCGUCUCAUUUUUGUUUCGGUAUAUCGGUGAUUGCACAAUUUUGUCGUCACGAUGAGCACUAUGUGGUUGGUGUCAGUCAGUCCUUCAAGUCCUUAAAGUAGCCAUGUUGACAUGCACAUUGUGGGCUUUACAGGUGUGACUUUUCUAAUCUUCACUCUCAGUGUACUUUUUGUCAACUCACACUUCCACCAGUGCCACUUCCUACACCUCCUUUCUGUAAAUGUGUUCAUUGCCAUUUAAAACCAUUUCAUCCAUCCAUCGUGCUACUCAGGUACUAUAACGGAAUUCACAAGCAGGGUCGGUUGAAUUAAGUGCCGAUGGGAACUCGAACCAGGCCGUGACAGAAGUUGAUACGGUUAACUUUUCUUUACGGUGGUAGAGGCCCAUACAAAGGAUGGCUUUUAAUCAUGUACAUAUUGCAGUAGAGAUCACAUCUUUGGUUCUCUCACACACACACACACACACACACACACACACACAUGCAUAUUUGAGCUGUUGAUUUUAUGCUGCCGAUACCCAUCAUCCAAGAGUGGGAUCGGCCGAUUCCGAUACCGAUCACAUGUAUCAGCUGCACAUUUUUCAGCGUUAGAGCUGCUCACUAACGAUUAUAUUAAUAAUCGAUUCACACACAAAAAGGAUAUCUUUUGGUCCACGUUGUCAUGGCAAUUUGAGCAUUUAAGGCAUUGUGAUUGGUAAAAAAAAAUAAUAAAUCUUCUGGCGGUAUUUUUCAUUAUAAGUAGGGAUGGGCAUUUCACAUUUCCUUGAUUAAUGAGGGAAAAUAACGCUUAACUGAUCAAUUAUUUGUUCUUUUGGGGAAUGGGGAAUUGCUGUGUGGAUGUUCAGAACUCCCAUUUCCAUGGCACAGUGAUGCCAUGUUGUUCCCAAGACCACAAACCAGUUUGUCAAUAAUUUAUUCCACGCAGUCGACCAAAUUUGUAAUCAUUAUCACUUUAUUGGUAGAUGAUUGUGCCCAUCCCUAAUUAUAAAUGUUUCUUUAGCGUAGAUUGUUGUAUUUCCCAAAGCACUGGAAACUAUAUUAUUGUUUUGACUUUGUACAAAAAUGAUUAUUAUUAUUUUGCAGUUUUAUGCCACUAAGCAGUUUUUAAGUAUUUCGUUUGUGUUCUUUUUAUGCAAUUUUCAUUUCUGCCCCCCAGUGCAACUCUUUCCUCCUCCUUUUAAAGCCAGUUAAAGCUACACACGUGUUACUUGAGAUGGAGUAAAGAGCCAUUUGGGAACUUUUGCUUACCUGGAAGAUUUGUACAUCUUGAUACCUUUUAUUUUUUCUCGUUGUUAUCUUUAAAGCCAAAUAGUAGAUAGAAGUAGAUUCUUUGAUCUGAAUGAAUUCAAUUUUCUCACAUUGUGAAUGUAAAGUUUACCAGUAGGUCUGGUCAGCGGGAAGUCAGUUUUGUGCCUUUUCCCUGUCUUUGUAACUGUGGUUUCCACGGAAACCGGAAGACUGACUUCACCUCAACUCUCUGCUGCAACGUUAUCAGUGCCUGACCGUGUUAUUUUAUUUUUCCCCACCAGAGUUGUCUUUUCCCAUUUCAACCACAGUUUGACUGUUGUUGACAACCUUGCCAACACUCCAAAGAUUCGCUCGGAACCCCUCGAGAAUUCCACGAGAGGGCGCUCCGCAGCGCAACAUAACACAGGGGACAUCUCUUGAUUUGGAAUAAGUUAUAAAAUAUUUUACCAGAAUCCAUCA